AUGUACUUCUCUACCGUCGCCACUAUCGCUGCCCUGGUCCUUUCCAAGCUCACUGCCGGUUCUCCGAUUCCAUUCUCGACCGCAGGGCAAGACACAACCACCGCACCGCUAGCCCGUCAAGCCGCGGAUCCUCACGAAGCAGACUUUCGUACAUUCGGCGUCUCUGGGUGCCUUGACGAGAACCAGGGCGUGUACACACUAGAGAAAUCUAGUGACGGCGAAUGCCUCCCGUUUGUCGAUCCCAUCGGCAGUUUGUUGGUGGCAGACGAUCUGUGCACACUUACACUCUACAGCGAUGCUGAGUGCACCGAGUCUCCAGUCGUGGCGCCCGUUGGCGUUUGCCAGAACGGCACCUGGCAAUCAUACACACUGACGUGCUGA